UCCCAGACUUCUUGGAGGCUUUGUUCAUAUUUUCUUAUUCUUUUUUCUUUGUCUUUGUUGGAUUGGGUUAAUUUGAAGACCUUGUCUUCGAGCUCUGAGUUUCUUUCUUCUACUUGUUCAGUUCUAUUGCUGAGACACACUGAAAAGUGUGUCCAAAGUUUCCUGAAUUUUUGAUUGUUUUUUCUUUAAGCUAUCUAUUUCCUUCAGUAUUUGGAUUUCCUUGCAUUGGGCUUUGCCUUUCUCUGGUCCCUCCCUGAUUUAACUUAAUAACUAACCUCCUGAAUUCUUUUUCAGGUAAAUCAGGUAUUUCUUCUUGGUUUGGAUGCAUUGGUGGUGAACUAGUGUGAUUUUGGGGGGCACAGGGUGUUGAUGAGCUUUGUUUUGUCGUAUUACCAGGGUUGGUUUUCUGGUUCCUUCUCAUUUGGGUAGGCUCUGUCAGAAGGAAAGUCUAGGGCUGAUGACUAUUGUUUAUAUUUUUUUGUCCCAUGGAGUGUUCCCUUGAUGUAGUACUCCCCAGCUUUUCCUGUGGAUGUGGCUUCUUGUGAGCUGAACUGCAGUGAUUGUUGUCUCUCUUCUGGGUUUAGCCACCCAGCGAAUCUAACUGGCUCCGGGCUGGUACUGGGGGUUGUCUGUACAGAUUCCUGUGAUGUGAACCGUCUAUGGGUUUUUCAGCUGUGGAUACCAGCACAUGUUCUGGUGGAAGUGGCAGAGGGUGCAAUGGACUCCAUGAGGGUCCUUAGCUUUGGUGGUUUAAUGCUCUAUUUUUGUGCUGGUUGGCCUCCUACCAGGAGGUAGUGAUUUCUAGAAAGCAUCAGCUGUAGUAGUGUGGAAAGGGACCAGUGGUGGGCAGGGCCCUAGAACUCCCAAGAUUAUAUGUCCUGUGUCUUCCACUAACAGGGUGGGUAGGGAAGGACCAACAGGUGGGGGCGGGGUUAGUCGUGUCUGAGCUCAGACUCUCCUGGGGCAGGUCUUGCUGUGGCUGCUGUGGGGAAUGGGGGUGAGAUUCCCAGGUCACUGGAGUUGUAUAACUAGUAGGAUUAUGGUUCCCUCUGCUAAGUCAUGCAGGGGUCAGGGAAGUGGGGGAAAGCUGGCACUCACAGGCCUCACCCAGCUCCCAUGCAAACUGAAAGGCUGGUCUCACUGCCACUGUGCCCUCCACAAUAGCCCUGCAUCUGUUUCCAGGUGAAGAGCAAGAUGGGUUUGAAAACUUGUCGCAGGCUUUCCACCUCCUAGCUGAGAAAGAAAAGGGCUUUAGUUCUUCCCCCACCUGCAAAGUCUGCAAGCUGGAUUCGAGCCCUCUCCUGAGUUCUGGCCAGGAGGCUUCUCGCGGGGUUCAAAUUGUUACAAAGUUCAGCUACAGAAUUCCUUCUCCCUGUGGAGUUUUACCCCCUGCUCCUCAGGACACCCUCCCAAAGGAUCCCUGUGGUGCCAGACAGGAAUGGGCUGCUAGGGGACCCAGCAAGCUCCCAGGGCCUUACUGCUGCUUCCUCUCCCCCUGUUUUUCGCUGGGCUCUCCAACUUGACUCUGCUCCAGGUAAAGUCGGAAACUUCUCCGCAAACAGACCUUCAGCUUCUCCAGUGGGAGUGUGUGUUGGGGAGAGGAGGGUCUCCCUUUCCCACUUCCACAGUUGGGGCACUCAGUAUUUGGGGUGUCUCCCGGGUCCUGCAGGAGCAGUCUGCUUCCUUCAGAGGGUCUGUGGGUCCUCUCAGGAUUGCUGGUUUGUUCUUGCAGUUGAUCUGGAGCUAAAAUUCACAGUGCGAGCCUCUGCAUGCUGCUCUGGCCAGAGUUGCAAUCUAGUCCUACCUCCCGUUUGCCAUGAUCCUGAAAUCCUCACAACAGGAUGUUAAAGUGAGAAUCUUUCUGUUUCAGUUUCGCCACAAACACCCAUACAAUGGAUGUGUCAUAACAGAAAGAAGAACAAAGCCAAGGCGAUUGACCUGAGAGUCCAGGGCACCGUCAGCAGUUCAUUGAGAAAUAUGCUGAGAGACAGAGUCCUGAGUUUUGUAAAGGCUGGGAAAAGGCAGCUUCUAGUGGUUGUGUCAAUAAAACAUUCAACUCUGGGGCUCUGACUGGGGCAGAACCAAGUUCAUUGGUGAGCAGUGUGUCAGGUUGGAUGCUGUGGGCGCCUGGCCUCUGAAGGCCACUCGAGACUCACUGUCCAGCUGUCGCUUGCGCCGCGCCAGGGCGCCGCCAGGGAGGCCGACAGAGUUCUGGCCAGGGCUGCGGGAAGGAAAGGGGGCGGCGUCCUUCACAGGGAGGGUGCAGCUGACCUCCCUCCGCUUGUGCAGAUUGGAAAAGAAUGGCCCAGAUCCUCUGGGCUCCUCAGAUGAGCGGAUUCAGAGAGAAGCUUUUGAGAGAGUGCUGGCAAAGAUAUUUUUCACAAAAGAACUCUUGAGGUGCUCGUGUCCAUGGCGUGCCUGGACCCUCUACCAUGAGCACCCUCUCUGAAGCAGAUGGCCCCAGCCAUCAUCUUUUAAAGGAGCCAUACGAAGAAAACCCUUCAUGCAAUGUGCUUUUGUCUGUCCCAAGUGUCUCCUCUGCUCUGGCCAUGCUCUUCCUGGGAGUGGAAGGAAAUGUGGCUGCCCAAAUGGCCCAAGCCAGGAGACCUCCACUGGAGGAAUUGUUUGUAGCCAUUAGAGUUGUUUGCCAGAAAUUUCUGGAUUUCCUCCCUUCCAGCACAUGGUCUCAAAUACCCUGUCCUCAGGAAGGCCCACCAACACUGGCCGGCCUUCAAGCACCCGGGCCUCUGCUUGUGUACAGCUCCUGAUCUGCCCUGCCUCUGAGUUACUUUUUCACCAUGGAGCAGCUGAGCUCAGCAAACACCCGCUUCGCCUUGGACCUGUUCCUGGCGUUGAGUGAGAACAAUCCGGCUGGAAACAUCUUCAUCUCUCCCUUCAGCAUUUCAUCUGCUAUGGCCAUGGUUUUUCUGGGGACCAGAGGUAACACGGCAGCACAGCUGUCCAAGACUUUUCAUUUCAACACGGUUGAAGAGGUUCAUUCAAGAUUCCAGAGUCUGAACGCUGAUAUCAACAAACGUGGAGCGUCUUAUAUUCUGAAACUUGCUAAUAGAUUAUAUGGAGAGAAAACUUACAAUUUCCUUCCUGAGUUCUUGGCUUCGACUCAGAAAACAUAUGGUGCUGACCUGGCCAGUGUGGAUUUUCAGCAUGCCUCUGAAGAUGCAAGGAAGACCAUAAACCAGUGGGUCAAAGGACAGACAGAAGGGAAAAUUCCGGAACUGUUGGCUUCGGGCACGGUUGAUAACAUGACUAAACUUGUGCUAGUAAAUGCCAUCUAUUUCAAGGGAAACUGGCAGGAUAAAUUCAUGAAAGAAGCCACGACGGACGCACCAUUCAGACUGAAUAAGAAAGACAGAAAAACUGUGAAAAUGAUGUAUCAGAAGAAAAAAUUUGCAUAUGGCUACAUCGAGGACCUUAAGUGCCGUGUGCUGGAACUGCCUUACCAAGGCAAGGAGCUCAGCAUGGUCAUCCUGCUGCCGGAUGACAUUGAGGACGAGUCCACGGGCCUGAAGAAGAUUGAGGGACAGUUGACUUUGGAAAAGCUGCAUGAGUGGACUAAACCUGAGAAUCUCGAUUUCAUUGAAGUUAAUGUCAGCUUGCCCAGGUUCAAACUGGAAGAGAGUUACACCCUCAACUCUGACCUCACCCGCCUAGGUGUGCAGGAUCUCUUUAACAGUAGCAAGGCUGAUCUGUCUGGCAUGUCAGGAGCCAGAGAUAUUUUUAUAUCAAAAAUUGUCCACAAGUCCUUUGUGGAAGUGAAUGAAGAGGGAACAGAGGCGGCAGCUGCCACAGCAGGCAUCGCCACCUUCUGCAUGUUGAUGCCUGAGGAAAAUUUCACUGCUGACCAUCCAUUCCUUUUCUUUAUCCGGCACAAUUCCUCAGGUAGCAUUCUGUUCUUGGGCAGAUUUUCUUCCCCUUAGAAGAAAGAGACUGUAGCAAUACAAAAAUCAAGCUUAGUGCUUUAUUACCUGAGUUUUUAAUAGAGCCAAUAUGUCUUAUAUCUUUACCAAUAAAACCACUAUCCAGAAACAAAUCUUUCAUUUUCUUUGUAAGUUUGGCUCUGUUGGCUGUUUACACCCAUGAAUUUUGGCACAGGUAUCUUUCUUUUUUUACAUUGAAAAAAUCCAGUGGUUGCUUUGGAAUGCAUCAAGUAAAGAGGAAGAAAAGCAUACAUUAGAUGUGUAGAUUCUUGACCUUGUAGUAAUCUAUAAAAUUGCUAUAUCCUCCUGAUAGCCAUGGGAAAACAUGAUAAGAUGGUCAUUUAUUUUGCAGUUAGGAUUUUAGAAGCCACGAAAUAGACAGACAGCCUGACUGUUGAAGGGAGGUUUAAAAACAGAUAUUCAAUUGAAAUAUAAGAGAGCACCCCAAUUGAGAGCCCAGGUUAUGAAGAUAAACUUGCCUUGCCUGACGUUUCUGUCCGUUGUUCUGCAGAAUUAGUAUUCUGUCACAGCCCUCUAGUUUUUAGACUCUUCAAUUAAAGGGCCAGUGGUUAUAACCUGCAUUCCCUUUUUCGUUCUUCUUUAUGUAUAAUAUAUAGUUCAUGUGGCACUGGGUGUCUUAGGAUAAAAGAUGCCAAGAGUCUACAAAAAUAACCAUGUAGUAAGAUAAACUGCUGAACAGAAGUUUUACUAUUAGCCACCUUCUCAUGUAUUUUCUUUUUUCUUUCUUUUCUUUUCUUUCUUUUUUUUUUUUUUUUGAGACAGUCUUGCUCUGUUACCCAGGCUGGAAUGCAGUGGCACAAUCUCGGCUCACUGCAACCUCUGCCUCCUGGGUUCAAGUGAUUCUCUUGCUUCAGCCUCCUGAGUAGCUGGGAUUACAGGCAUGCACCACUAGGCCUGGCUAAUUUUUGUGUUUUUAGUAGAGAUGGGGUUUUGCCAUGUUGGCCAGGCUGGUCCUGAACUCCUGACUUCAGGUGAUCUGCCCACCUUGGCCUCCCAAAGUGCUGGGAUUACAGGCGCAAGCUACCAUGCCUGGCCUUCUCAUGUGUUUUCUGAUUAAGGCUCUUGACUUCCUUCGUCCAUACACGUUGUUAUGCCAAUAAGAUGGCAUUGUGCGAGGCUGUGUGGGGAGAUGGGGUGGGGGCUCUUGGAAUAAUAUAAAACUUUGUCAAAUGUAGUUCUUUGAAUGGGGCUUGAAACGCUGCAUUUUCUUGCUCCCACGAGGAUAGUGAGCAUCAUGGAUUAAUAAAACUUCCCAGGAUUCUGCAAGCCA